GAGGAGCCAGGAUGCGGACAUCGGCGGCUGCCUGCAGCAGCCACAAUCCCACGGGCUUUUCCCGUUAAACGCUGCCGCUGGGGGACUGGAUGUACGAGAAGAUGCUGAUGGCGAGGGACAGCAGCCGAGACGAGACCCAGAAGCUCCAUAAGAAAUGGCAGAAGCACCAGGCUUUUAUGGCCGAGUUGGCCCAGAACAAGGAAUGGUUGGAUAAAAUUGAAAAGGAGGGUCAGCAGCUCAUCGAGGAGAAGCCAGAACUGAGCCCGGUGGUCCGGAAGAAGCUGGAGGAGAUCAGAGAAUGCUGGCAGGAUCUGGAGAGCACCACUCAGGCCAAAGCCCGCCAGCUUUUCGAGGCCAACAAGGCGGACCUGCUGGUUCAGAGUUACGAGAGCCUGGACCAGAGACUGGGCCAGCUGGAGGAUCAGCUGGCCUACGUAGACCAGGGACAAGACCUCACCACUGUCAACAAACAGCUCAAGAAACUACAAACCAUGGAAACUCAGAUGGAGGAGUGGUAUAAGGAGGUGGGGCAGCUCCAGGGGCAGGCAGCCUCCGUCCCACAGCAGACUCAGGUCAAGGAGACGGUCGCUGAGCGACAGGUUGCCGUGGAGACGAGGAUGGCACGUUUGAUCGAGCCUUUGAAAGAGAGGCGACGCAUUCUUCUGGCGUCUAAGGAUGUCCAUCAAGUCGGGCGAGACCUGGAGGACGAGAUUCUGUGGAUUCAGGAGCGUAUCCCGCUGGUCAUGUCUCAGGAGCAUGGUUCCACGCUGCAGGCCGUCCAGCAGCUCAUGAAGAAGAACCAGAUGCUUCAGAGGGAGCUUGAGGGCCACAGGAGCAGAAUCGACGAAGUCCUGGAGAGGGCGGGGAUCAUCGCCUCCAUACGCAGCCCUGAGGCCGACUGCAUCAGGGCCGGGCACGACCAGCUGGCACAGCUGUGGGAUCUGCUGUGGGCCGAGACGGAGCGGAGGCAGCUGAUUCUGGAUGCCAUGUACCAGGCCCAGCAGUACUACUUCGACACAGCCGAAGUGGAGGCCUGGCUGAGCGAGCAGGAGCUGCACAUGAUGAAUGAGGAGAAGGGGAAGGACGAACCGAGCACCCUGCAGCUGCUGAAGAAACAUUUGCUCCUGGAGCAGACCAUCGAGGACUACGCCGAGACCGUCGGCCUGCUGUCACAACAGUGUCGACAGCUGCUGGAGAUGGGACACCCGGACAGCGAACAGAUCAGCAAACGUCAGUCGCAGAUAGACCGUCUGUACGUGUCCCUGAAGGACCUGGUGGAGGAGAGGAAGAGUCGUCUGGAGCAGCAGUACUGGCUUUAUCAGCUCAACAGGGAGGUGGACGAGCUGGAGCAGUGGAUCGCUCAGAGGGAAGUGGUCGCCAGCUCACCUGAACUGGGUCAAGACUUUGAGCAUGUCACUGUCCUGCAGGAGAAGUUUACAGAGUUUGCAUCGGAGACUGGAAAUGUUGGGCAGGAACGUGUGACGGUUGUCAACCAGAUGGUGGAUGAGCUCAUAGACUACGGCCACGCCGAGGCGGCGACCAUAGCUGAAUGGAAGGACGGGGUGAACGAGUCCUGGGCCGACCUGCUGGAGCUCAUGGAGACCAGAGCUCAGAUGCUUGCAGCGUCACAUCAGCUGCACAAGUUCUUCUCUGACUGCAAAGAGGUUUUGGCUCAGAUUGAGGACAAACAUCGACGUCUACCAGAGGUUCGGGCUCGGCAGGGCAGCACCUCCAACACCAGCACCCUGCAGAGACUCCUUCACAGCUUCGAGCAGGACAUCCAGCUGCUGGUCACGCAGGUGCGUCAACUGCAGGAGAGCGCAGCCCAGCUGAGGACGGUGUACGCGGGAGAGAAAGCCGAAGCCAUCGCGUGUCGGGAGCACGAAGUGAUGCAGUGCUGGAAGGAGCUGCUGACUUACUGCGAAGAGUGUCGACUGCAGAUCACCACCGAGACGGACAAGCUGCGAUUCUUCAGCAUGGUCCGAGAUCAGAUCAUGUGGAUGGACUCCAUCAUCUGUCAGAUCGGCACAGGAGAAAAGCCCAGGGACGUGUCCUCAGUAGAGGUGCUGAUGAACUAUCACCAGAGCCUGAAGAGUGAAGUGGACGCACGCAGCCAGAGCACGCUGGAGUGUAUAGAGAUGGGAAAAACACUGCUGGCUGCUAGAAACCCUGCAGCUGAGGAGAUCAAGGAGAAACUGGAAAAGGUGAUCGCGAAGCAACAAGAGCUGUCUGAGAAAUGGGACCAGCACUGGGAGUUCCUGCAGCACAUGCUGGAGGUUCAUCAGUUUGCCCAGGAGGCGAUGGUGGCGGAGGCCUGGCUGACCGCUCAGGAGCCGCUGAUCAACAGCAAGGAGCUGGGAGGGAGCGUAGACGAGGUAGAGCAGCUCAUCCGUCGACACGAAGCCUUCCGCAAAGCUGCCGCCACCUGGGAGGAGCGAUUCAGCUCACUGCGCCGGCUCACCACGGUGGAAAAGCUGAAAGCGGAGCAAAGUAAGCUACCCCCAACCCCUCUGUUGGGUCGUAAAGUCUUCCUGGACCCCCAAGAUGCUGCGGGAAGUCCAACAAACCCCCCGCGCCUCCCUGUCUCCCCCAUCCUGAGACAAACCAUCUAUGAGCAGAAUGAAGCCAGCUCUCCUCCGUCUCCGUCGCCUUUCACCCCGACACCCUCUCCAUCAUCUGCGGCUCGGCGACUGGGGUCAACAGUCGCCAACUACACCCCCGUGAUGAACGGCUCCAGCUACCACCACACCCUGAAGGCCCAGCAUGGUGGUGUAGUGGGUGUAAAAACAAGUUAUGGACAGCCAGCUCCUUCAUCAAUUGCGUCUGUUGCCACGGCAGCCAUGUUAGUCUCAGCCAACCAGAUGAGAGAAAGUGCCAGCACAGUGAGAGAUCAGGUUACAAAGGUGAUGAGUCACCUGCAGCCUCCAGGGCAGGCAGGCAGGGAACUGGAGGUGAAAUCCUCCUCGUAUCUUCGGCAACCCAAAAUCAAACACCUGGAUGAUGCGGUGACGCCGCUGAUUGUGGCCAGCCGACUGGAGAAAGUGAGAGAGAGGGGACGGGAGAGAGAGCCAAAGAUCAGGGAGAUGGGAACAGAGAGAGCAGAGGUGGCGGUGAUGGCUGAGGUGGUGCUGCAGGAGCCGGGCCGAGAGCGUCUGCACAGCGAGCCCACCAGGGGGCCGCGGGGAUCCAGGCCUGACGCCUUCGGCCAAGCCGAGCCUCAAGUCCAGACGUAUCACCGUGACCACAGGAUAGAACGGCAGCUGUCGAGCGAGCAGCUGAUCCAGGCACGCAGGGAUGAGCUACCUCAGGAGGUGUGGCGAGAACAGGCAGAGAGGAGGGAGAGACGGACGUUAGAGAGGCAAACGUCCAGCGAGCAGGAGGGCCAGGGGAGUCAUGAUGGCCGGAGGAGAGAGAGGGACAGGAACCGGAUGGAGAGACGGGAAUCCAGCGAGAACGACAUCGGCAGAGACCAGUCAGACCGGCGCUCUGCUGGAGGAGAGAAGAGAUCCACCAUGGCAGAGAUUGUAGAGCAGCUGCAGGAAAGAGAAGCAGCACAGGCCCGCGGUGAGGUGCCCCGCCUGCCCAACGGGCUACCAGAGAAGUCUUCCCGUCCCGACAGGCCUCGAGCGCGGGACCGACCCAAACCGCGCCGCCGCCCUCGUCCCAAAGAGCCAGGAGAGACCACGAGGAGGUCCAGGUCUGCGCCAGCUCAGAGCAGCCCAGCCGUCCCCCAACCUCCAACACACACAGCACACCACGAGGGCUUCCUUUUCCGCAAGCUGGACAUCGAGAGCACGAAGAAGAGCACCAACAGGUCAUGGGUCAACCUGUACUGCGUGCUGAACAAGGGGGAGCUCGGUUUCUACAAGGACGCCAAGAACACGGUGACGCCCUACAACAACGAGCCGCUGCUCAGCCUCUCCCACUGCCAGUGCGACAUCACCAACGGCUACAAGAAGAAGAAGAACGUGUUCACGCUGAAAACGAAGGACGGCAGUGAGUUUUUGUUUCAUGCAAAAGACGAGGACGACCUGAAAGCCUGGGUGAGCAUCAUCGCCACCAGCAUCUCAGAGCACGAGGACAUCGCCAGAUGGGGUCAGCCCCAACCAACUACCUCAUCCACCGACGAGGGGACGCGGCGGGACGGCAGCAAGGUGGACAACCGGUCAGAGCGAGGCGGCGAGCGUUCCGACCGGGCGGAUCGGAUAGAGCGGGCGGAGAAGGAGAGAGGAGAACGAUCGGAGAAGUCGGAGCGAGGCGGCAAGUCGGACGCUAAACGCUCUGAGAAGUCCAGUAAGAAGAAGUGAGCGGCAGAUUGUUUGGGAUCAAAUGUGUGAACAGUAAAUGGGCGCUGGAGCCCCCCCACUAACAACCACCGACACGGCCCACCAAGCAGCUGCGUCUGGACGGACAAACGGAGGAUCGAGCCCAGCGCUCGCUCUGAUCUGGUCUCUUUCAGCA